AUGAAAUUGUGUAAUGAAAAUAACGAUCGAGUCGAUCGGAGAAAUAUCUUAGACUAAUGUAUCAUCAAGUGUUAUCAAUUGUCAGUGUUACUGAUGGAUAUGUUAUAAGAAACUAAAAAUAUUCCGAAUCGUACGAAAAAAUAAAUCAGAUGGAAGGAAAGAGUGAAAUUGUUGGUGAGGUUUCGCCGCCUAAACGAGCAAACGUUGAUUCUGCUUUCCAAUCCGCAUUUAGCGAAUUAAGGAAAUCAGAAUUUUUUGAAGAGGCAGCACCUGGACCCUCAAAAGCCAAGGAUUCUUCAAAACUUAAUGCGCUCUUAGUUAAUCCAAAGCAGAAAGGAAAUCCAUUGCUGAAAUCUAUAUCAAAUAUUCCAUGGGAAUUUUCAGAAAUUGUGCCAGACUAUGUAAUGGGAAGAACUAGUUGCGCUUUAUUCUUGUCCAUACGUUAUCAUCAACUUAAUCCUGAUUACAUUCACGAACGAUUGAAGACUCUGGGGAAUAUGUAUAAUCUCAGAGUUCUCUUAGUUCAGGUGGAUGUGGCAGAUCCUCAUCAUGCUUUAAAACAUUUAACAAGAGUUUGCAUUCUUGCUGAUUUGACAUUGAUGUUGGCAUGGAGUGCGGAGGAUGCUGGUAAAAUAAUCGAAACGUACAAAGUUUACGAAAAUAAACCACCUGAUGCAAUUAUGGACCGCAGUGAUACAGCACCUUAUCAGAAGAUGGUCAGUGCUCUGACAGCAAUACGAUCGGUUAAUAAAACAGAUGCUACAACCCUUUUAUCAACGUUUGGAACGUUAAGCGAAUUGUUAAAGACAAAACCAAAUACUCUAGCUCUUUGUUCUGGUAUCGGAUUACAAAAAGCAGAACGAAUUUACAAUACAUUGCAUGAACAGUUUUUACGUUCGUGAAAAUUUGUAAUAAUACGGGAAUGAUAAUUUGUACGAAUGAUGUAUUUAUGUAUAGCUAAAAAUAUUUCGAUUUUUUUAUAUUAUAAAUAUAAUUUUCUAUUUAACGAUGUUU